UGACGCAUCAAGUGGGAAAUUCAAAAUCUGUCUGGUUUUAUUGUGGUUUGACUGCUGAUGGUGGUGUUGUCGAAGUGAAAACACCGUUACAGUUUUUCCACUUUAAAGACGGAGGAUAAGCAGUUUUAAACUCGACGCUGAGCCGGUUUUAGUCACGGAGACGGGCGGUGUGAGCUGUUUGUGAACAUGCCUGUGGACAACACCUCCGAGCUCCUCAAGUACUAUGAGGUUUAUGAGACCAUUGGGUCAGGUGGUUUUGCUAAAGUCAAACUAGGCAGACACAUUCUGACAGGAGAGAAAGUGGCCAUCAAGAUAAUGGAGAAGAAAGACCUUGGGGAUGACCUGCCUCGUGUGAAGACGGAGAUUGAAGCCAUGAAGAACCUCAGCCAUCAGCAUGUGUGUCGCCUUUACCAUGUCAUUGAGACGACCAGCAAGAUAUACAUGGUGCUUGAGUAUUGUCCUGGAGGAGAGCUGUUUGAUUAUAUUGUAGCCAAAGAUCGGCUAUCUGAGGAGGAGACUCGAGUGUUCUUCCGUCAGAUCGUUUCAGCUUUGGCCUACGUCCACAGCCAGGGAUACGCCCACCGUGACCUCAAGCCGGAAAACUUGCUGAUUGAUGAAGAUCACAACCUGAAGUUGAUUGAUUUUGGCCUCUGUGCCAAACCAAAGGGCGGUUUGGGUUAUGAGCUGAUGACCUGCUGUGGAAGCCCAGCCUACGCAGCUCCAGAACUCAUCCAGGGCAAGUCAUAUAUUGGUUCUGAGGCAGAUGUUUGGAGUAUGGGUGUGCUGCUGUUUGCUCUUCUGUGUGGCUACCUCCCAUUUGAUGAUGAUAACUGUAUGGUCCUCUACAGAAAAAUCACAAAAGGCCAUUAUGACAGCCCCCGCUGGCUGUCUCCUGGUAGCAUACUGCUCCUAAACCAAAUGAUGCAGGUGGAACCAAAGAGGCGUUUGACGGUGAGGCAGCUGCUGGCCCAUCCGUGGGUGAUGAAGGGCUACAGCAGCCCUGUGGAGUGGCACAGCACGCGCCCGUUGGGUCACAUAGAUGAAGACUGUAUCACUGAGAUGGCUGUGGCGUUCAAACAGUCCAAACAGAGAACCAUCCAGCUGGUGUCAGAGUGGAAGUAUGACCACACCACAGCUACGUAUCUGUUAUUGCUGGCUAAGAAGCAACGUGGCAGGCCAGUCCGGCUCAGAGUGGAGAUGCCAGCACAAGACCUUGCCUGCUCCCCUCUGCAAGAAAUGCAGUUGAAGAAGAGUCUGCAUUUUAAUGAGGAUGAUGACGAUGACUAUGAUAAUGAUGAUGGUGCGCACCGGGGCUCCAUGGUUUUCCCUGCUGAUUGCUAUGACGACGACAACGCAUGGAUCCCCCUAACGCCCAAAAACACGCAGACUGCACACACUCCACGCACAAAACCCCCCUGUCAGUCAUCUGAAAAGAGGCAGGGCGAGGUAGGCCAGUCCCCUGUCAUUGACCAAAGGAAGCCACGCCCACGGAACACAGAGAAACGUGAGCGCACCAGAGAGAAUAAAGAGAAUUUAGCGGCGCCCAGUCGAGACGGGAGCGGGUUUGCUCUGCCAGCUCCUGUAACUCCAGUGUCCAGCAGGAAAGGACGGCCAAACAAAACAGCUCAGUCUACACCCGUUAACAACAACGUCAUACAUACAGCUGAAACACAGAAAGAAUCGUCCCACAGGAGGGCAGCGGAGCAGCAGCAGAGUGGUCAGCAGGGAGGAGUGGAGAUCCUGGUCUUGAGUCCAGAGAGAAGGUCACGCUCUCUGGACAUGGCGGGUUGCCAGCUUGACAGCGGGCAGAAGCGUAAAGCAGGGAAAGUGUUUGGCAGUCUGGAGAGAGGCCUGGACAAAGUCAUCACCAUGCUGACCCCGAGCAAGAAGAGAGGCCUGCGGGACGGCCCGCGCAGGAUAAAGGCACAGUACAACGUGACGUUGACCAGCCAGACUAACGCAGACCAGGUGCUGAACCAGAUCCUCAGCGUCUUACCAGAGAAGAAUGUGGACUUUGUUCAGAAAGGCUACACGCUGAAGUGUCGUACGCAGUCAGACUUUGGGAAGGUGACGAUGCAGUUUGAGCUGGAGGUGUGUAUGCUGCAGAAGCCCGAGGUGGUGGGCAUCCGACGACAGAGACUGAAAGGAGACGCCUGGGUGUAUAAACACCUCGUGGAAGACAUCCUGUCUACAAGCAGCAUCUGACCUCACCUGAUCUGACCGUCUACGUAGUCAGCUCCUGUGUUUGACUCAUUGUCCAGCGUCCAGCGAGCUCCAGGCUUGAAUGUCAUUUUUCACUGGCAUUCAGUUUUGGAUGCAGACUUUGGUCGUCCACUGAUUCACAUUGGAGUGUCUUCUUUCUCACAGUCUUUCUGUUUCAGAUGUUAUCUCUUCAUUAGUGUGUAUUGUUUUACAUCAGUUAGACGAGUAAUGGAAGUGUAUUAUCUGUUCUGUCCAUAGAUAUGAAUUGCACACUUUUUCUUUAUAUGGAUUCCAGUUCAUGUAAAUAUGAAAAGCAUCACAAUGCAACGCCUUUUAAACAUCAACAUACUUUUUAU